AUGCCCUCAUCUACUGCUGCCAAUGCCCAAGAUGGUCCAAUUGUUAAAAGACAAAAAUUGAACGUUGCUGAUGCGCCGAAAAAAACUUUGAGAGAAUCAAGAAUCUUUACUCCAUUUCGAACAAUUGGUUUAGUAUCUUCGACUUCCGUUCCCUUCACUUCGAUACCACUCGGCAAAACCACUUUCCAAAUCACAACCUCCGUAGGAAGAUGUUUACAAACGUACGACCUUAAAAGAGGACUCAACCUUGUCUUCCUCACUAGACCACAGACACCAGCAGAUAUAACGGCUACGAUAGCAUGGAAAGAUAAAGUCUUCGCAGCGUGGGGAGGUCAGGAAAAUGAUGGCCACCAGGGUCUUUGUGUAUUCAAGAGAGGAAAGAGGAUUGAGGAGAUCCCAAUCCCAGCAGACCUUAAGGAACCCAUUAAACAAAUUUUGGUCUUUGGCACUUGGAUAGUAGGAUGCUGUUCCACCAGGAUAGAAGUAUGGAAAACCUCGACAUAUGAGCAUUACACGACCUUGUAUACUACAGCAGCACAAAAGGGUGGAAAUGAACUUACGGGCGGAAUAUGCAACAUGCCAACAUAUUUAAACAAGAUAUUUGCAGGAAGGAAAGAUGGUGGAGUCGAAAUAUGGAAUGUCAGCUCGGGGAAACUGAUUUACACCCUCUUACCACCAGGUCCAAACUGUGGAGCUGUGACCGCGCUACAACCCACGCCAGCAUUAUCUCUCCUGGCUAUUGCGUACUCUGAAGGUCCACUGAUAAUUCAUAAUGUGCGAACGGAUAAGACCGUCAUUCACCUCAAUGGCGGCGCAUCUGAAUCUACUAUCACAUCCAUUUCUUUUCGUACAGAUGAUCUUGGAGCUGGAGAGGACGGCAAGAAGCCCGGAGUUAUGGCAACGGCAGGUCCAGAGAAUGGCGAUGUGACAUUCUGGGAUCUCAAUGGCGGUGGUAGAGUUAUGGGGGUACUUCGAGGUGCCCACAAUCCGCCUUCCGACUCCGGCGCGACGGUAAGCGGAGGACUGAGCAAAGUUGAGUUUCUCUCUGGGCAACCUGUCAUAGUAACAAGUGGAUUGGAUAACUCUUUGAAAUCCUGGAUUUUUGAUGAAGCGCCUUACUCUCCGAUACCACGAAUCUUGCACUCGCGUAGUGGCCACGCUGCACCAGUCACGCACCUCCAAUUCUUACCUACCGACGCAGAUGGAGCAGAUGCUGGUGGAAAAUGGCUUUUAAGUGCUGGUAAGGAUCGCAGUUUAUGGGGAUGGAGUCUUCGAAAAGACGGACAAAGCACAGAAUUAAGUCAGGGAAACAUACGAAAGAAAGCGAAGAAAAUGGGUAUUCUGGCUCAAUCCACAUUAGCAAAUGAGCCUAGCACGACCCUUGAGGAUUUAAAGGCCCCAGAGAUCGUGUGUCUAGCAUCCUCACUGAAUCGCGACGGUGGAAUGGGUGCACAUCCUGGAACUGGAGCAAUUUGGCAAAAGGGUAAUAUGCAAAAGAAGGGUAUGGACGCGACAGCGAGUGGCGUUACAGGCUGGGAGAGCGUUGUUACUGGCCACAAAGAUGACAGGUUUGCACGGACGUGGUUUUGGGGAAGGAAGAAGGCUGGAAGAUGGGCAUUUGAAACUGGUGAUGGAGGAAAUGUCAGAAGCGUUACCAUCAGCCCUUGUGGCACUUUCGCGGUCGUUGGGUCGGAAACUGGAGGACUUGAUAUGUUUAACCUUCAGUCUGGACUUCACCGACAACGAUACCCCUCCAAACUUACGCCAGCUCAGGCGAGAAAGUUGAAGAUACAGCAAUUACAGGCAGCCGAGAGUGGGAAGGAAAUAUCCUCCGAGAAGGAAAAGAACUUCCAACCUGGACUUGGUAAACACAGAAAGGCUGUAACGGGAGUGGUGGUAGAUUCUCUGAACCGGAAUAUUAUUAGUUGCUCUCUCGAUGGCAAGAUAAAAUUCUGGGAGUUUGGAACUGGUAACCUAGUCGAUGAGAUUGACUGGUUUCCGAUGGCAUCUAUCACAGGGAUGAGAUAUCAUGCACCGAAUGAUCUUAUUGCAGUUUCGUGCGAUGACUUGUCUAUUCGAGUUGUUGAUAUUGAGACUAAAAAGACCAUCAGAGAGUUGUGGGGAUGCCAGGGAGGAAUUAAUGACAUGUGCUUUUCUAAUGAUGGGCGAUGGAUCAUUUCAGCCUCGACCGACUGUGUGGUUCGAGUAUGGGAUCUUCCAACUGGUCAUCUCAUUGACGCAAUGCGAAUGGAAACCCAAUGCACUGCACUUGCCUUUUCUGGAACAGGCGAGUUUCUAGCCACAACAUGUGCAGGACAGGUUGGGGUCAAUAUAUGGAACAACAAAACUCUUUUCACCCACGUCCCCACUCGACAUAUUUCCGAAAAGGAAAUCGCUUCGAUCACAGCACCAACGGUAUCUGGAGAAGGUGGCCACAAUGUCAUCGAUGGCGCAUUCCAAGAUGAGGAUGAAAAUACCGAAGAUGCAGCUCCUGCUCUGUCACUUGAUCAGCUAAGCAAAGAUUUGAUGACCCUAAGUGUAGUACCAAAGAGUAGAUGGCAAACCCUUAUUCACCUAGAUCUUAUAAAAGCCCGUAAUAAGCCUACGGAAGCACCAAAAUUGCCAGAAAAGGCACCUUUCUUCCUUCCAUCCAUCGAUUCUGCCGCGGACCCAUCAACACAAGAAGAAAAUUCAACAGACAGCGCCGCGGAAAGAUCAAGAAUUAUGAAACUCGACCGUAUUGCGUCUGAACGUUCCUUUACAGUGACUCUCCGAUCUGGCGGUGAAUCAGGUGAUUAUCAUCUCAAGACGCUGUCUCCUUCUGCUGCAGACCUUGAAAUUCGCUCUCUCUCACCUACAUCUAAUGAGUUAAUUCAUUUUAUCCAUGCGCUUACGUCACGUCUUUCCCAAAAGAGAGAUUACGAAUUAGUGCAAGCAUGGAUGGCUGUAUUCUUAAAAUUACAUAAUGAAGAAGUGGCCAAUAGUGAGGAAUUAAGAAAUGCAGUCAUUGAAUGGAGAGCACAACAAGAAAAGGAAGGCGCUAGAUUGGGAGAAUUGGUGGGUUGGUGUGGAGGUGUAGUAGGGUUUUUGAGAAGUCCUAGAACUUGA